UAAUAAUACCUGUAGCCGAGUCGCCAUUGUGCAGGUCGUUUCCAGCUGACGAGUGAAAUUUAGACAUACGUCGUCCUCUUCGUUGGAAAGUGUACAGUAUAGCCACCAGCCAGUAUGGAUGACCUUUACUGGGUUGCAGAGACUGGAGAUACAGAGAGGUUACAGUAUCUGCUGACUGCCAGGCAGUGCGAUAUUAAUGUCCAGGACUGGUUGAAGAGGACACCACUUCUCUGGGCUGCAGUUAAGGGCCACAUACAAUGUGCCCAGCUUCUCCUCCAACACGGGGCGGAUACCAGUAUACAGGAUGUGUUUGUACAUAACCACAGUGUGGGAGGACACCACUUCACUGGGCUGCAUAUCAAGGCCAUACACAAUGUGUCCAGCUUCUCCUCCAACACGGGGCGGAUACCAGUAUACAGGAUGAUGGUGAGAGUACACCUCUUAACUGGGCUGCAUAUCGAGGCCACACACAAUGUGUCCAGCUUCUCAUCCAACACGGGGCGGAUACCAGUAUACAGGAUAAGUGGAAGAUGACACCACUUCACAAUGCUGCAGGUCACGGGGACACACAAUGUACCCAGCUUUUCCUCCAACAAGGGGCAGAUACCAAUACAGAGGAUGAGGCUGGGAGGACACCACUUCACUGGGCUGCAGAUUACGGCCACAAACAAUGUGUCCAGCUUCUCCUCCAACACGGGGCGGAUACCAGUAUACAGGAUGUGGUGA